CGACGCGGCUAAUCGUCCGCCGGGCCCCUCGUGCGCGUAGCGGACGACGAUGCGCGCGGCGGGGACCAGCCGCACCUCCACGACCGGACCCUCCUCCUCCUCCUCCUCCUCCCCCCCGGCGCCGCCGCCGCCGCCUGUUCGCUGCGAGGAAGAAGAAGAAGGAGAAGAAGGAGGAGAAGAAGGAGGAGGAGGAGGAGAGGAAGAGGAAGGAGCCCGCUGCUAGGCACCGCGCGGCUCGGCGGCUCGGCGGCGGAGACUGCGGCUUGUCAUCGAUCGAUCCCCCGGAAGCUUCGCCUCCAUCGUGACGGGAGACAUUAGCCAAGAUGAUGUGCGAGGUGAUGCCCACCAUCAGCGAGGACACGGCGCUGAACCAGCGCGGCUCGCAGAGCAGCGCCUCGGACCCGGACUCGCACUUCGAGCAGCUGAUGGUCAACAUGCUGGACGAGCGGGACCGGCUGCUGGACACGCUGAGGGAAACCCAGGAGAGCCUCGGGCUGGCGCAGCAGCACCUGCAGGACGUCAUCUACGACCGCGACUCGCUGCAGCGCCAGCUCACCUCCGCCCUGCCACAGGAGUUCGCGGCGCUGACCAAGGAGCUGAAUGCCUGCAGGGAGCAGCUGCUGGAGAAGGAGGAGGAGAUCUCUGAGCUGAAAGCCGAGAGGAACAACACCCGGCUGCUGCUGGAACAUCUGGAGUGCCUGGUGUCGCGACACGAGCGCUCCCUGCGCAUGACGGUGGUCAAGCGGCAGGCCCAGUCGCCGUCGGGCGUGUCCAGCGAAGUCGAGGUCCUCAAAGCGCUCAAGUCCCUGUUCGAACACCACAAAGCCCUCGAUGAGAAGGUCAGGGAGAGACUACGGGUGUCGCUGGAGAGGGUGUCCGCCUUGGAGGAUGAGCUCACCGCAGCCAAUCAGGAGAUUGUGGCCUUACGGGAACAGAAUGCCCACAUCCAGAGGAAGGUGGCGUCCGGCGACGGAGGAGAGGACAUCCUGGACGGGAGCGAAGCUCAGCAGAAGGUCCACGGCAAGCGCCUGUCGAACGGCUCCCUGGAGUCGGCCCACGAGGCGAGCCAGGUGGUGGAGCUGCAGGACCUGCUGGAGAAGCAGAACUACGAGCUGGCCCAGAUGAAGGAGCGCAUGUCCUCGCUCUCGUCCCGCGUGUCCGAGGUGGAGCAGGAGCUGGAGACGGCCCGCAAGGACCUCAUCAAGUCGGAGGAGAUGAACAACAAGUACCAGAGGGACAUCAAAGAGGCCAUGUGUCAGAAGGAGGACAUGGAGGAGCGGAUCGUCACGCUGGAGAAGCGCUACCUGAGCGCCCAGCGAGAGUCCACCUCGGUGCACGACAUCAACGACAAGCUGGAGAACGAGCUGGCCAACAAGGAGGCGUUCCUCCGACAGAUGGAGGAGAAGAACCGGCAGCUCCAGGAGCGGCUGGAGCUCGCCGAGCAGAAGCUGCAGCAGACCAUGAGGAAGGCGGAGACGCUGCCCGAGGUGGAGGCCGAGCUCGCGCAGAGGAUAGCGGCCCUCACCAAGGCGGAGGAGCGUCACGGGAGCAUCGAGGAGCGGAUGAGGCACUUGGAAUGCCAGCUGGAGGAGAAGAACCAGGAGCUGCUGAGGGCUCGCCAGAGAGAAAAGAUGAACGAAGAGCACAACAAGCGGCUGUCGGACACGGUGGACCGGCUCCUCACGGAAUCCAACGAGCGUCUCCAGCUCCACCUGAAGGAGAGGAUGGCCGCUCUGGAGGAGAAGAACGUGUUGAUUCAAGACUCGGAGGGCUACAGGAAACAGUACGAGGACUCCAUCCACGAAAAAACCCAUCUGGCCGAGGAGCUUGAGAAGCUGAGGUCCGAGCUCGACCAAUUCAGACUGAGGGCAGGCUCCCUCACGGAACCCACCCUGUCAAGGUCUCAUUUGGACGCGUCAACCGAGCUUCGGUUCUCUCUGGGGUCUCUGGCUGAAACGCAGUCGGACCACUACCGCUCAGCCAAGGUCAUCCGCCGGCCGAGGAGAGGUCGAGUCGGCCUGCACGAAACCAAGGCGAAGUCGCUGGGCGAGCACGAGUGGCGCUCGCAGCAGCUCGGGGUCCUGGGCGGCCACCACUUCGAGAGCGACACCGAGAUGUCGGACAUCGACGACGACGACAGGGAGACGCUGUUCAGCUCCAUGGACCUGCUCUCGCCCGGCGGCCACUCCGACGCACAAACCCUGGCCAUGAUGCUGCAGGAGCAGCUGGACGCCAUCAACAAGGAGAUUCGGCUGAUCCAGGAGGAGAAGGAGUCCACGGAGCUGCGGGCGGAGGAGAUCGAGAACCGGGUGGCCAGCGUCAGCCUCGAGGGGCUCAACCUGGCCCGCAUGCACCACCACGGAGCCUCCAUCACUGCCUCGGCCACGGCCUCGUCCCUGGCCUCCUCGUCGCCGCCCAGCGGACACUCCACGCCCAAGCUCGACCCCCGCAGCCCCGCUCGGGACAUGGAGCGCAUGGGGGUCAUGACCCUGCCCAGCGAUCUGAGGAAGCACAGGAGAAAGAUAGCAGCGGUGGAAGAGGAUGGCCAGGACAAGGCCACCAUCAAGUGCGAGACCUCCCCGCCUGCGACGCCGCGCACAGUCCGAAUGACGCACACACUGCCAGCCUCCUCGCACAACGACGCAAGAGGGAUCGUGGCCUCCCUGGAGGCGGAGGCCAGCGCCCUGAGCAGCGUGGCCAGCAGCCAGGACUCCCUGCACAAGCAGCCGAAGAAGAAGGGCAUCAAGUCGUCCAUCGGGCGGCUGUUCGGCAAGAAGGAGAAGGGCCGCAUGGCCCACAUGGCACACAGACACGUCAUGGUGGACCCCCACGCGACCCUGAUGGACCCCGACAUGGCGGGCCAGGACAUGGGGCUGGGCAAGCUGGGCACUCAGGCCGAGAAGGACCGCAGGUUGAAAAAGAACGGACACGAGCUGUUGGAGGAGGCCAGGAGAAAGGGUUUACCCUUCGCCCAGUGGGACGGCCCAACGGUUGUAGCCUGGCUGGAGCUGUGGCUGGGGAUGCCGGCGUGGUACGUGGCGGCGUGCCGGGCCAACGUGAAGAGCGGCGCCAUCAUGUCGGCGCUCUCCGACACCGAGAUCCAGAGGGAGAUCGGCAUCAGCAACCCGCUGCACCGGCUCAAGCUCCGGCUGGCCAUCCAGGAGAUGGUCUCGCUCACCAGCCCCUCGGCCCCGCCCACCUCCAGAACCCCGUCAGGCAACGUGUGGUUGACCCAUGAGGAGAUGGAGACCAUGGCGGCCCCUUCCAAAACGAAGUCCCAGUCUGAAGAAGGGAGCUGGGCACAGACUCUAGCUUACGGCGACAUGAACCACGAGUGGAUAGGCAACGAGUGGCUGCCCAGUCUCGGACUACCUCAGUACCGCAGCUACUUCAUGGAGUGCCUGGUGGACGCCCGCAUGCUGGACCACCUCACCAAGAAGGACCUGAGGGUGCACCUCAAAAUGGUGGACAGCUUCCACAGAACAAGUUUACAGUACGGCAUCAUGGGUCUGAAGAAGCUCAACUACGACAGGAAGGAACUGGAGAGACGCAGGGAGCAGAGCCAGCAUGAAAUGAGAGACGUGCUGGUGUGGAGCAACGAGCGGGUCAUCCGCUGGGUGCAGAGCAUCGGCCUGCGCGACUACGCCAACAUCCUCCUGGAGAGCGGCGUGCACGGCGCCCUGGUCGCCCUGGACGACAACUUUGACUACACCAGCCUGGCGCUGCUCCUCCAGAUCCCCAACCAAAACACUCAGGCACGUCAGAUUCUGGAGCGAGAGUACAACAACAUGCUGGCCCUGGGCACCGACAGGAGGCUGGAUGAGGUGAGCCCUGAGUGCGACGACAAAGACUUCCGCGGACCGUCGUGGAGGAGACAGUUCCCGCCGCGGGACGUCCACGGCAUCAGCAUGAUGCCCGGCUCGGCGGAGACGCUCCCCGCCGGUUUCCGUCUCACCGCGUCGGGUCACCCCCGGAGGCUGCCCCCUGAGGUCGGACCCUCUGCGGUGCAGCGGCUGGACAGCUCUACGGUGAGAACCUAUUCCUGCUGAGAGGAGGAAGAGAGGGACCUUAAACUGUACACUAUACAGUUCUGAGCGGGGAGCCGCCGGACGGGGCCGACCCGACCCGCCGAGGAACACACCAUUGUGACGACACGCACUGCCAAGAAGUCCUGCUACCCCCCCCCCCCCCCGCUCCAUCCCCUGUAACGUAGGCACCAGCUGCCGGUGCUAAACUGUCCUGCAGGCUGCCCAAACCCCCUCCCGCCCCCCCAACCCCCCUCCCUCCCCAAUUUCUAACCUUUUACAUGUACAGUAACUUGUCGAAAAAGCAUAACGUACUGUGUAUUUCUUCUACAGGAGAUGUGUAGGUUAUCUGUAAAUUAAUAUAAAUAUGCCAUUUUUUUAAAGUAUAUAUAUAUACACACACACACCAACACAUCUAUGUAAAAAAAAAAAAAAAAACAGAUAUUCAAAGUUUGUGAGAAGGAAAAAUGUCCCUGCCACCUCAUUUAGUGGACCAUAGAUUAAUAUAUGCUGCUCUUUCAACUGUCUCCGUCUUACCCCUCGCCUCCCCGGAUCAUUUUGUACAUAUGUUUUUAUUUUUUCAUCGUGCCGAUCACGAUGACGGACCUGUGCCGAGAGGAAGAGACUGGGCGUUGUGUGAAACCCCCUUCCGAGCCCCCAACAAAACGUCAUCACCCUCUCUUUUCUUACGGACUCGCCGUCGUUUAACGGAGGACGCGUCGUCAACGACGACAACAAACGACACAACAAGCACUUUGAUACAACCGCGUCAACUCAACGGACUAUUUUCAGUAGCCAAGGACACAAAAACGAAGAGAUGCCGUUGCUCUCCGAAGUUGCACAAAACUUCCUCUCAGAGAACAAAAGGAAGAAGAAGAAGAAGCCGGAGGUCAUUUUUGCGCAGGAUGUUGUUGUACUGUACGUUUUUUGCCGGGCGGCUCCAUGGCGACGAGCUCAGGCCUUCCUCGCCCGUCCGUCACAACGGUACGGAGGGAAUCCCUGAACGACGGAACCGCUUCGGCUCAUCGUGUGCGUCGAGUGUCUGUGGCCAAGUGACUUUUUAAUGACGGGGAAAAAAAAAAACAACCCUGUUUCUUGCUGUGACUUACAUUUGGUGUAACUGUUGACUCUUUUGUUGCUGGCGGCUACUGUACGGCCCGGUUCAUCUGACUUUUAGUUACUUCUAACUAAAAGACACAAAGCUUUUUACAUUUGUUUGGUUUCUUUACAUCUUCAAUUUGCACGAAAACAACAGAUCAUUUUAUUUUGUCUCCACGUCGUCAGGUUUUCUUUUUUAAUUUUUUAUUUAUUACUUCUUGUACUUUGGUCAAAAACUAAGUGGUGAGCAAACAGAUUUUCAUUGUCAAUAAAAACAAAAACUGUCAGUGAA